GGAGCUGGCGCGCUGAGCAGUGGCGUCCAUCCUCUCCCUCAGUGCGACUCCUCCGAGGGAUCAGGAGUAGACUAAGUCAAACUUCCAACAGCUUAAGAUUUGUUCGCGACCUAUGACGGACCGAAGUCACGAAGCUGUCUCUCAACAAUCACCCCACACCUUGCGCCAGAGGAGAGAAGUGUGGACCGGCACUGUUGGUACAGCAGGCAAAGUGUUUCUCCCAAUCAGAUGCUACCUAUUCUGUGCUGAGGCAUCUUUGGUGAUGUUGUCAUGUGGCAGUUGCCAUCUUCUCUUUUCCUUCCUUUUUCAGGAGCAUUGAUGUCCAGAUGGUUCGCCCCUCCAUGUGUGGUCCAGUUCAGCUCUCCCUGACUGUUUCAUGGGCCAUAGGCAGAUCCAAGCAUCCACGGCCACUGCUUGACUCAACCCUGCUGCGUUCUGUGCACCUCGCUCUUGGCCCCUCACCCCUAACCUUUACCCUCAGCCCCUCACCUACCCCCGUCUCACUCUCUGUUGAGCCUCUCCUCACGUUGUGACAAUCCUAGCCCGCCUGAGCCCAACAUGGUGUCCCAUAUCCCCGCUCUAGUCUUGGUUAUGAUGUGUCAGGGCGCCUUGCUGUCAGAUCCAUCUCAAUCACGUCGAGAAAUCCGCAUCGAGGGUGACCUGGUACUUGGCGGCCUGUUCCCAGUGCAUGAGAAGGGAGCUGGAAUGGAGGAGUGUGGUCGUGUGAAUGAGGAUAGAGGAAUCCAGAGGCUUGAAGCCAUGCUCUUUGCCAUUGACAGAAUCAACAUGGACAACACUCUGCUUCCAGGGAUCUCCCUUGGGGUUCAUAUCCUUGACACCUGCUCCAGAGAUACGUAUGCAUUGGAGCAAGCUUUGGAGUUUGUAAGAGCCUCCCUCACCAAGGUGGAUGACACAGAGUUCAUCUGUCCAGAUGGAUCUUACGCUCUACAGGAUGACAGCCCACUUGCCAUCGCAGCAGUCAUUGGAGGAUCCUAUAGCAGCGUCUCCAUACAGGUUGCCAAUCUUCUCAGGCUCUUUCAGAUCCCUCAGAUAAGUUACGCUUCAACGAGCGCCAAGCUCAGUGACAAGACACGCUACGAUUAUUUCGCCCGCACUGUACCACCUGACUUCUACCAAGCCAAAGCUAUGGCUGAGAUCCUCCGGUUCUUCAACUGGACGUACGUGUCCACAGUGGCAUCAGAGGGGGAUUAUGGUGAAACUGGUAUAGAGGCCUUUGAACAAGAGGCUCGCAUGAGGAACAUCUGCAUUGCCACUUCGGAGAAGGUUGGGCGUUCAAAUGCUAAGAAGUCUUAUGAAUCUGUGAUACGCCAGCUCCUUCAAAAGCCAAAUGCCCGUGUGGCUGUACUUUUCCUGCGUAGUGAUGAUGCCAGAGAGCUGCUGGCAGCUGCUGCCAGGCUCAACGCCUCCUUCAUAUGGGUGGCCAGCGAUGGCUGGGGUGCACAGGAAAGCAUUGUCAAGGGAAAUGAGGUCACCGCUGAAGGAGCUAUUACACUCGAGCUGGCAGCCUACCCCAUAGCGGAAUUCAACCGCUACUUCUUAAGUCUAAACCCUGUCAAAAACCAUCGGAAUCCCUGGUACAAGGACUUCUGGGAGCAGCGGUUCCAGUGCUCCUUGGGAGCAGGUGGUUUGGCAUUGGGGGAGACAUCCCUCCCACCAUGUGACACAAGCUUGUCACUGGACAAAAGUAACUUUGAACCAGAGUCCAAGAUCAUGUUUGUGGUGAAUGCGGUGUUUGCCAUGGCCCAUGCCCUCCAUAAUAUGCAACGGAGCCUGUGCUUCAACACCACCAAACUGUGUGACAGCAUGAAGGCCUUGGAUGGGCGCAGACUCUACAGGGAUUACAUCCUUAAUGUCAGCUUCACAGCACCGUUUUUUCCCCCAGGCAGCGAGGCAGUUGUGAAGUUUGAUUCUCAGGGCGACGGCAUGGGCAGAUACAACAUAUUCAGCUACCAGCGGUUUGGGGAACGUUACAGUUAUGUGCCAGUAGGUGAGUGGGCAGAGAGUCUGAGUUUGAACAGCGAUUUGAUUCACUGGCCCAGAGAGGUGGUGCCCACCUCGCAGUGCAGCGACCCCUGCGAACGAAAUGAGAUGAAGAAAAUGCAAGCAGGUGAAUACUGCUGCUGGAUCUGUACAGCAUGCGAGCCUCACGAAUACCUUGCAGAUGAGUUCACCUGCUCGCCUUGUGCCCCUGGUCAGUGGCCCACUGAUGACCUGACCUCUUGUUAUGACCUACCAGAGGACUAUAUAAUGUGGGAAGAUGCUUGGGCCAUUGGUCCCAUAACCAUCGCCUGUGUGGGGUUCAUGUGCACCGGCCUGGUGUUUUGGGUGUUUGCCAGAAACAACAACACACCCCUGGUUAAAGCAUCAGGGAGAGAGCUGUGUUACAUCCUCCUCUCAGGAGUGUUUAUGUCCUACGCAAUGACAUUCCUGUUUUUGGCCAAACCUUCUCCUGCCAUCUGUGCUCUGCGACGCCUCGGCCUGGGCACGUCGUUCGCCGUGUGCUACUCUGCCCUCCUUACCAAAACUAACAGAAUCGCAAGAAUUUUCAAUGGGGUGAAAGACGGCGCGGGUGCAGUCAGACCACGGUUCAUUAGCCCAUCCUCUCAGGUGUUCAUCUGUCUGAGUUUAAUCUCCGUCCAGUUAGUGAUGGUCUCAGUGUGGCUGCUGCUGGAGGUUCCCGGAACACGGCGCUUCACGUUGCCAGAGCGACGGCAGACUGUCAUCCUUAAAUGUAACGUACGCGACUCCAGCAUGCUGCUGUCGCUCGGAUAUGACGUUCUCCUGGUCAUCUUGUGUACUGUGUAUGCCUUCAAGACCAGGAAGUGCCCUGAGAACUUCAAUGAGGCCAAGUUUAUUGGAUUCACCAUGUACACUACUUGUAUCAUUUGGCUGGCCUUUCUUCCCAUCUUCUAUGUCACAUCCACCGACUACAGGGUUCAGACCACUACUAUGUGUAUCUCAGUCAGCCUAAGUGGUUUUGUGGUCCUUGGCUGUAUGUUUGCUCCCAAGGUCCAUAUCAUCAUGUUCCAGCCCCAAAAGAAUGUGACCAGCCACAGGCUCAACCUGAAUCGCUUCAGUGUCAGUGGGGCUGCCACUACAUACGCAUCUCAUGCUUCUGUCAGCGCCCACUUCGUCCCAACUGUCUGCAACGGGAGAGAAAUUGUCGACUCCACCACUUCCUCUCUGUGACCACAUCCAGUCCACUCUCUAAAUCUAUCCCUUCGACUGUUAGCCAAAUGAUGAACAUUGUCCCUUCCAGAUUUGUUUCCCCUAAUCACACACACACGCACACACACAUACACACGCACCCUUGUUUACAUGUACACAAACACACACCUUCCUUUCUUGUGGACUAGAACUGUAUUGUUUCACAAAUGUAGAAAGUGUGUAACUAUGAUUAAAUUAUUUUCUAGUUGUGUACAUACAUAGGAUCAACACUGUUGUAUGUAGAGAAACUAAAGAACAAAAAAAAAGUUUAUAGGAGGAAUUUUUGGAGCCUUUGUUUUUGAUAGCUUUGUUAUGAUGCUGUGUAAAUAGACAUGCGCUUAAUCAUGUUAGGAGGGUCUGUGUCCCUCAGUCUGGAUGCACAUUUGUGGCUCUGCUUGCCUCACCUGCAAUACCCACGGACUUUUUAUCUUUGUGCUUUUUUGUAGGUCUCAUUGUAAUAACCAAUGAUGUAUGCAUUUCUAAUAUGUAUCUGUACAUUUGUAUAUUAUACUACUGAUGGUUCAAACAGCACAAUGUUAAAGGUCUUGUAACAUUAGAAUGAAUGUGACAACAGCUUAAACUGGAUAGGCAACAGCAGCCAGAAUGGGGGGGGGGGGAAUCCAUCAAAAUCACCUGCAAUUUUCAGUUUGAGAAUUCAUCUUAUCACAUAUUAACAGAUGCACAUUGCAUCCUGAAUCUGUAUGACAACAUACUUUGGUCGUUUUGGCAGGAAAAUAUGUUUUGCUUUUGAUACAAAUGCUCAUUUUUGUACUUCUAAUUAUGGAAUCCCUUUAUCUAAAUGGCCAUAGUUCCAGAUGUGUGUUCAGCAAAGCAACAAAAUGUCACACCCACUCUCACACUGCUGUUUCUUUUAAAGACUGCUGUGAUGAAUUACUAAUAAUAACAAAUAGCUGGGCUGAAAAGAUACAGUUCAACAAAUACAUUUAUUUUUGCCUCAAAAUUGUCGACACAGACUGUGCUGCAGCAGUUCAGUCCACGGGAGCAAAUCAGUGUCUUAGCCUGUAAUUAUGAACUUUGUGUACUCAAAUGACACACGCACUAAUGGAGGAAAAUGGUCUGCUUUGAUGAACAUGAGCUGAUUUUUUUUUCCAAAUACAGGGCAGUUGUAGCUUUUUCUGUGCCCCAUAGACUCCAUAUGUGGUGAUGUUUUGAAUAUGGCUAUGUGCCUUACUGUAUGUUUUAUAGGUAGAUGUUGUUAGAGAUCAGUUUUACAUCACCCACUCCUAGUCUUUGUUUGGUAAAUGUAAAAGUGCUCUCGGCAUGAGGUACAUGCUUCAGAGCAGUGACCAGGCAGGACAUCCUAUUCUGGAGCAAGCCUUCUGCCAUUGAUUGUUUAUCUAAAGUAAUGGCACAGUGAUCCUGAGAAAUCUCUUGCUUAUGAAAACCUUCUCUUCCACUCUGCUUUCUCCAGUCGGACGCUGAAAAAACAUGAACAUCUUUGAUUCGCAGCCAUCGCUCCAGUUUUACUUUUUACACCUCAGCGGCUCCAGUGAAAGAAGAGCGGAGACGAGAAGUAUAUAAAUAUUAUUAAGACUGAGUCAGUGACUCGUCUACUUAUUGAAGUGUGCAGUUUACAUGCCUGUGUUAAAUGUCUUGAUGUUGGGAGGCACAGUAGAGCAGCUGGCUUUGGCAGUCCCACAGAGGGAGCAGAGCACACAGUGUCAGCUGUCUGCAGAUCCCAGCUAACAAAAGGAUGGUGAGAGCAGAACAGUUAUGCAUAAUAUAAAUAAAGUUUAGUAAGACAUCCAUGCAUUUAUUACCGUGGCUGGAAAUGUGGCAGAAUCCUAACUGGAUGAUAAUCACGAUGUAGUGGGAUAUGGGAAAAAUAAUAUGAAAACUCACGUUGCUAUUUGAAAAGACAAUAAGCUAAAUUAGUAGACUAAUUCAGUAAAUUCAAUUUUUAAGAGUUUGAUAUUUGUUGAAUUUAAAAUGGUAGUAAUUUAUUAAUAAACUGAUCUUAAAUGUUUACAUAUAGAAUGCUGUCUAAAAUAAAGUGUGACUGUUACAAUUGAUGUUUUUCAUAAGGUGAGUGAACAAAAUGCCUUUUUUUGCAAGCAAUUAAAAUGUGUUUUGUCCAUUUAAAAGAAUCACACAGUAGAUGCAGCUUGAACUUUUAAAUAUUCAUCUUUUGACUGGUCAACUCCUUCACACAGCCCCUUUCCAACAGCUUGCUGUGAUUAUCACACUGAAUGAUAGAUUGAAAGAAUUUUAGAUGAUGCCUCAAGAUGAGCCGACCUACAUUGGAACGUGUGUGUAAGGUGCAGGGAGCAGCAGGAGAGAGCGGUGUGGCGGAGCACAGGGAUGCUGCUGCCGGAUUAUGUAAAGCACUCCCACAGCCUAGAAGUCGCAGCACUUCUAUGGAAGCUCAAAGCAUCUCGGAGAUUCACAGUCUUUGUUGGAAGAAGGCUUAGCCAUUCACACAGUGGUCCUGCUCUCACAAGAUACACCCUGCAUGGCAGGUUGCUAUGGACAACCACCACCACCACAUUUGCUGCUGGAAUGUCUAUUUGUCUGCAUGAAGAGAAGGAGUAGGAGGAGGGGUGAGGAGUAGCUGAGAAAAGGGGAACAGCGAGAGGAAAAACGGGUUGCUGGUUCCGAUUCAAAUUGGCAGUGACUGAUGAGAUUUGGCUCACCGGAGCCCUGUCCUCACGGCUUUUAAUGGCCACACAAACGGAGCACUUAACCCUGAUUCUCUGCUCAUUUAGUCUAAAAACUAGUCUGAGACAAAUCUCACACUCUUCCUCUGACCCUUUCUCUCACAAUCCACCUCACCCCUUCAACCUUUCCCUCACUACCUCUUAUGCGCCUCAUCUCCACUCCAUGUGUGAAACUUGCUACGGAGUCCAUCUCGGCCAAGACCACCAAAGCCAGAGCAACAGACUGGCGGCUCACACUUCAACUGGAGCACUUGGAUCUGGGUGCUUACUGCAGCAUAUGCCAUUGAGGCUGCCUUGGGGAGGUUCAAAAAGUGAUGAAAGCAUGUCAGAGAAAGGAUUUUGGGGAAUGAAUGGGAAAAUUAAAUUGGAAUUCAGAUAUAAGGAAAUUGCAUCAGUUAGAAACUCAUUACCUCUCUGAAUUUAUCUCCUCUAAUGUGCAAUAACUUUAUGUGAAAACUUCUUAAAUUGGCUUUACUCAUGAAUAUCCUUUUCAAACAGCCCUCCGCUGUGGUUAUUGUUCCUCUAUUCAGGCUCUGCCAACUGCCAUGCGCUCUACAAAGGCCUCUGUGCUGUAGCUCCUUCUACAUAAUAGAAUGUGUCCUCGGCCUCUGGGCUUUCAAAUGAGACAGGAUCUCUUCAGGCGAAAUGAAGCUGAGGUCAAUCUGAAGUCUGGAACUGGCCAGUCACAAAGCAAUAGUUCCGUGUUUAUGAAAUGUGCAAUAAUGAGGCUGUGCUGACAUCAUAAUAAACAACAUGAAACAAACAGCUGCAGGUGUCUGGUCAUCCUUCCACCUGAUGAGCUCCGAAAAAGUCGUGCAGUGGGUCUGUGUGCAGAGUUAGUAAAGGUCUAAAUGUUGAACACAGAUUUAGAAACACCAACACCGUCACACACACACAGGCUCUAUUCAUAGCAUGUGUUGGCAAAUGUUGAAAGAUGGCUCUAACACUCUGCCUCAUCUGUUCCCUGAGUGACGGCCCUCCAAUUAAACCUUCUACUGGAGUGCUCCCUGCUUUAGGACAAUGCACACCACUGUCAAGCCUCAAUCUCUCUAAGAAAGGCUAAACGUAAAAUUAAAGUAGAAGAGAAAGGGAAACCCUAAAUUGGG